AUGGAGAUGAAGAAGGUUGUUGCUGAGGGGUUUGGAUGUUUUCGUUUUGAAGAGGAUGUGGGCAAGGUCUCGCUCAACCAGCAACAGAGUGUCGUUACUGACCAAGGGAAGGUUUUCAACGUGGCGCAUCCAACUAUUGAUCCAAUAUUCCCUAGCCGCCCUCCCGGGAUGAUCAGCCGCCAAUAUUUCGCGUACAACGACCACGCUGUUCCUAUUAGACCCAGCUCCAGAUACAAGGACAGUUCACCAAUCCUCGGUCAUUCUCCAAUCGCCAUUAGCGCAUGGUAUAUAUGGUAUAUGGCCGGUGCGGGCCGCACCCUAACCGGGCACGACGGGGAAUCCGCCAAUCGGAUUACGAGACGAGCCUCCGACAUGGAAGUCAAGCGGUAUGGUAUGGGCAGCGCCAGCCUCCAUGCUAGUACCGACUCGGCUCAAGCAUCGGGGUUGGUCUCCGAAAUAUUGAAAACGAACGAUCGAGACCAGCCGAAACCGGCACGGGGCACGCCGCACGCGAUACAAUUAACUCCGAAUUUCAGCACUGCACUUCCGUUUUCGGACAACUCACUUAUCAUUCAGCAAGCCGCUGUCGAGCAUUCAGGGUCCAUUCCUCUCGGUCGGAAGGAGUGGGUUGCUUGCUGGUCCAGAUCAAUCUGCGAGAUGGACCAGAUGACCUUUUCGCCGCAGGAACUACCCCGAUGCGACGCCCACUUUAUCUCCGUGUCGUCGAACCAGUCGCGACUCGCCGUCCGCAAAGUUCAAUGCCAAGGGAAGCCGUCUCGAAAGGGGCGAUACGAGGAGGCGGUAAGAGGAAGCGACCGCGCGGCCACGGGAAGGUCGCCGGGGAAAGGGGCGACUCAAGAGCGGCGCCCUCAACUUUCCCAUGAACAGCUCUCGAAGACGGCAUUUUCGGCCAAGCCCGAAGACGAGGAGGGAAACGGUUACGUCGCGAAAAGACACGAAGGGGAGAGCGGACGGGAUCCCGAGUUUUCCACCAAGCUUACCGUUGUCGAACUGGCCAACGUCCAAGACCAGAUGAUUUUACCAUCCAGUUUCGAUCUUUUAACAGUCCCCCGGGAGCUGACGUACCCAGCCGUGAAAGCCAAUGCGGACGACGAUCUUCGAGAAGGGGUAUUGCGGAAGGAUCACGACUGCCUUGUUCGGUCAACGGAACGAAAAAACGAAACUUCUGAAACGACAUUGAUCGACGGGACCAUCCGGGAUGACCUCUGGACAGGAACGAGGCCUCACCAGAGAUUGGAAACCACUGCCGGGCGGGAGAGCGUCCCGCCAUUAAUUGAUGGAUUGCUGGUCGUCUCAAAUAAGAAGUAA